AACCCUGUAAUUUUCAUAAACAGCCCUUAAACCAGGUUGAAGCCGGAAUCAUGUCUGCCGAUGUUACCAUGGAGGAUCCUAUCGAGUUUGUGGAAGUGAUCAUGGCGAUCUUUGCACCCACAACCCAAGAUUUCGACAAACCCGGUACGAUGCCUGCUUCGAAAGCGUCGAUCGAGGCCAUGCCGAGGAUAGUUGUUGAGGAGAUUGGAAAAGACUGCACGAUAUGCUUGGAGGAGUUUGUGGCUGGCGGCGAAGCCAGAGAGAUGCCGUGCAAGCAUGCGUUUCACUCGGAUUGUAUAGAAAAAUGGCUGGGGAUGCAUGGGUCUUGCCCGGUUUGCAGGUUCGCAAUGCCUGUGGAGGAGAGUGACGGCGACGGUGCCAGUGAGGGAAUGACGGAAAGUAGAGCGGUCGCUUCUCUUGUUUUCUUUAUGCAUGUGGAUGUCCCAAGUUCGGGUCGGGAAUCGGGUGGGGCUGAUGAUUCGUUAACACAAGAUCCGGAUUGCAGCUGAAUGUAGGAGAAUGGAUCAGAUUUUUUUUUUUUUUCUAAUUUUUUCUAAUUUGUAAAUACAAUAUUUCUUUAGUA